AUGACGAUCAAGCUCAGUACCAUCUUUGUCAUUGCGCAAGUGAUCCUACUUGCUGCUGCCAUGCCACCCAACUCCACCGACUCCACCAACUCGACAGGAAGGGCGACUGAUUCUUACGGCUGCUUCAAGAAAGGCGAACUGUGGAAGGAUUUGGGCACAAACGAGUCUAUCAUUCAGGCUUAUGAUGAACAGUGGUGCAAGAACAAUGUGGGAUUGGAGCCACUCGGUUUGAAGGUCAAUCUUUGCAUACGGGAUCAACCUAUCAAACAUGCUUUCAUGUGGAAGUGGGAGAUCACCGAGGUCCCUGACGGAAAAGACGAAGGCUUUAUCUCCCAUGACGUCUGCAUCUGCUUCAUUGCACAAGCCCUAAACAUGUGCGAAAAGGGCGGGAUCUUUGAUUUGGUCUGCGGCCCCGGAACCGAUGGAGGUGACGUCAUCGGUGCUCAUAUCCUUGCCGAUCCUCAGGGGUCUUUUUCUUGCAAUGGCUGA